CGGGUCGGGGAGGGGUUUGUGGGUGAGCCCUGGGUCCCCCGCCCGCUGAGGAGAUGGAUGAGGAUGGGCUUCCUCUCAUGGGGUCAGGCAUAGACCUGACUAAGGUGCCAGCUAUUCAACAGAAAAGAACGGUGGCAUUUCUAAACCAGUUUGUGGUGCACACUGUACAGUUCCUCAACCGAUUUUCUACAGUUUGUGAGGAGAAACUGGCAGACCUUUCUCUUCGUAUCCAGCAAAUUGAAACAACUCUCAAUAUUUUAGAUGCAAAGUUGUCAUCUAUCCCAGGGCUAGAUGAUGUCACAUUUGAAGUAUCUCCUGUAAGUGUCACUAGGAUCACAAAUGAAACACAUUCUGAAACCACUUCAGAGCAAUCACAGCCGAACAGUUUGCAAGACUCUGGACCACAGGAAACUGAAGUAACACCAGAAAAUAUCUUAACUGUAGCCAAGGAUCCAAGAUAUGCCAGAUAUCUCAAAAUGGUUCAAGUGGGUGUUCCAGUCAUGGCAAUAAGAAACAAAAUGAUAUCAGAAGGACUAGACCCAGAUCUUCUUGAGGGACACUGGUUCGAGCCCUGGUCUGGGAAGAUCCCACAUGCCGCGGAGCAACUAAGCCCAUGCCCCGCAACUACUGAGCCUGUGCUCUAGAGCCCGCGAGCCACAACUACUGAAGCCCACACGCCUAGAGCCUGUGCUCUGCAACGAGAAGCCAUCGCAAUGAGAAGCCCACGCACCGCAACGAAGAGUAGCCCCUGCUUGCUGUAACUAGAGAAAAAGCCUGCAUGCAGCAACAAAAGACCCAACGCAGACAAAACUAAAAUAAAUAAAUUUAUUUAAAAAAAAAAAAU